AUGGCCGCCCCAAAUCCCCCCGAGCGUGCCUUUGGCGUCACAAACAUCAAAAAUCACAUCCCUCUCAUUCUCGACUUUGAAGAACACAACUAUGACGAUUGGCGUGAGUUGUUCCUCACUCACUGUCUCGCGUUUGAUGUACUCGGUCACAUCGACGGCACAUCUCUCCCUGCUAACGAUGAUGACACACCAUGGAAGAAGAAAGACGGCUCGGCUCGCGACAUUUGGCUACGUAUUGAGAAUCAAUUCAAGAACAAUAAAGAAGUCCGCGCAAUCAAGCUUGAUCAUGACUUACGAACCACGGAGAUUGGACAUCGCACAGUGCAAGAGUACUGCCAGACCCUGAAAUCUACCUCAGAUCUAUUGGCCAAUCUCGACGCUCCAGUCCCAGACCGUACCCUAGUCAUGUAUCUCAUCAAUGGUUUGAACGAGAAGUUUGAAAACAUCAUCAAUGUCAUCAAACACAAGGAACCCUUUCCAACGUUUGACUCCGCAAAAACAAUGCUUCUCAAUGAAGAGACACGACUUAAGAAGGGAAACAAAACUCCAGUGACAUCAGACAAUGCGUCUUCCCCGACAGUUCUCGUAGCCACCACUGACAAACCGCAAACACAAUGCUUCAACAAUGGAAACAGAAAGCAAAACAACAGAGGUCGUGGUCGUGGACGUAACAACCAUCAAAGGAACAACAACUUGAACAACAAUUGUAACAACAGCUGGAACUCGUUGUGGCCAUUACCUUACAUGUCAGGACCAAUGAUGCAGUGGCCCAACUACACAACGCCCUAG